AUGGCGUUGCCAGCUAAUGUUGAAUCAACUGUGGCUAUGAGUAAAGCUUUGUAUACAGAGCUAUGGAAUGCUUGUGCUGGACCUCUUGUAACUCUACCCCGCAAAGGGGAGCGAGUUUAUUACUUCCCAGAAGGUCACAUGGAGCAGCUUGAGGCAUCAAUGAAUCAGCGCUUGGACCAGCAAAUGCCUUCUUUCGACCUUUCAUCUAAGAUUCUCUGUGAAGUGACUAAUGUCGAGCGCAUGGUAGAGCUUGGAACUGAUGAAGUGUUUGCGGAGAUUUCCUUGGUGCCAAAAGAGGACGAAAUUGCACCCAUCAUCCCAAGUGUCCCUGUCCCAGAGAAAAAAAAUCUCAACGUACAGACAUUUUGCAAGACCUUGACUACUUCUGACGCCGGCAAGCGUAAUGGUUUCCCAGUGCCAAUGAGGCUUGCAAAAAAUUGUUUUCCACCUUUGAAAAUCUCCAAGGAAAAGAAAAAGGAAGCACCAUCCCAGUACCUGGUUCCAACUGAUUUGCAACAAAAGAAAUGGAGUUUUCAUCACAUUUUUUACAAAGGAAAAUCAAAUCGCCAUAUGUUGAAUGCUGGCUGGAAUAAUUUUGUUGACUCGAAAAUGCUGGUGGCUGGUGAUGUUCUAAUAUUCGCAAGGCAAGUUCUUGUGGAUUUUUUGGCUGCAAAUGGAGACCUCGGAAUUGGCGUCAGGAGGGUCAUGAGACAACAAGUUAAUAUGCCAUCAUCUGUGAUCUCAACUGAAAGCAUGCAUUUUGGGGUCCUUGCUAAUACUGCUCACUCAAUUAAGACAAGAUCAGUGUUUAAAAUCUUUGUGAAACCAAGGAUAAGUAGGCCAGAGAUUGUCGUGAGCGUCAAUAGGUAUAAUGAUUCUAAGAACCAGCAGCUCUCUGUAGGGAUGCGAUUCAAGAUGAGAUUCGAGGGCGAGAAUACUCAUGAGAAAAUGUUUACUGGUACAAUAGUUGGUGUCCAGGAAAAUACAUCUCAGGUUUGGACCGAUUCAGAAUGGAGAGCACUAAAGGUUCAAUGGGAUGAGCCUUCUUCUGUCUUUAGGCCUGAGAGAGUCUCCCAUUGGGAGAUUGAGCUUCUAGUUGGAAAUAAUAAUGUUCCUUCACCACAAUCCCAGCCUCGACAAAGGAACAAAAGAUCAAGAACUCUUGGUGUGCCUUCCCCAACCGCUGGUCCAUCUGCUUCCGGCCCUGCAGGUUCACUUUCUGCUGUGACUUUGUUCCGUCCUUCUGCGACUUUUGGUCAUGGUGGGAGAAGCUUGAGCCUUUGGCCAAACCGUGUGGAUAUAGGAGCUGAAACCUAUACUUCUGCCUUUGUGAAAUAUUCAGCUGUAAAGAAGCAGGCUCGUGGAAAUAGCUGUAGGCUUUUUGGGGUUGAGCUUGUUGAAAACAACAAAACCCCUGAGUGUUUCUCUCCUGUCACUGUGCCUGUAGCUGCUGGAGUUGAUCAACUUGCUGCCGGAAUGGUAGCAACAACAACUGAAGAGAGAUUGGAGAAAUAA